UCGUCAUCCCUAAGCGUCGGGGUAUGACGUUUAAUAAAUGCGCCAUUCGCAAAACUCCGACAACUCAUACACGUUUCAAUUUCGAACUUUUGUAUUUAUUCUCUUCGUGACACACAAGAAUAUAUGAUACAUCUUUUUCGUAGGAGCGGUUUUUUGACGUGGAAAGAAAGUCUUGUCUUGAGUAUGGACAGUGAAAUCCAACGAGACGGUAGAGUUUUGGAUCUUACCGAUGACGCUUGGAGAGAAGACAAAUUGCCCUAUGAAGACGUCACAAUCCCGCUGAGUGAACUCCCCGAGGCUGAACAGGACAAUGGUGGAUCCACAGAGUCCAUGAAGGAACAAGAAAUGAAGUGGACAGACCUUUCCCUGCAGAGCCUUCAUGAAAACACUCCAAACACUGGGAGUUGAAUCACUGCUGGCAUUGCACUGUUGAACACCAGCUCCGUUCACAGAUUUGCUUUGUUGGGAUGUUAGUCCACUAUCUUGGGGCUUUCAUGAAUCUUAUCUCUUGAUUACCUGCUGCAGGUUUCUAGCGUUCCUACUAAGGAGCAGUCCUUCAAAAAAAAUUUGCGUCAGCACUUAAAUGGUCACAUUCUGCUUGAAUUAACUUCUUAAAAAUCUGCUCUCAAUCAUUUUACAAUGUUUUAGACCAGCUCCAUGCAGUUCAAGAGUAUAGGUAAGCAUUUAAACAAAUGUUAAAUGUUUAUGUGUCCAUGUGUAGUGUCUUUGAAAUUAUUAAAACCUUACACAUGCAUUGCAA